CGUUGCCGCUAUGAUAUUGACAUGGGUUGACGAUAUCCACGGACGGAUAUCACUUCCUUGUUGUUACCAUAAUGUUUGACACAACACAACUGUCCUUUUUAAUCGUUCUAGUUAUAACUUUGAUAGGUGAGUGUUCCAGCAUUCAGGGAUGCUUCGGGACUUUCUAUAAAACUGAACUGAGCUAUUACUAUGGGCGUUAUUAUGUAUCUAGGAACUAUUAUCAACAGUAUAAAGUCUGUGAUGACAUGUGCUGUACAUUAAGUAGUAACGGCUACAAAUACUGUUGUUCCAACUCUGGAGUUGUCCCGUCCUACACAUCAUCUUCUAAACCAUCAAGCAGCACAGGAAUCAUCGUCGGUUGCACCAUAGGAGGGACUCUUUUUGCCGUCGUGGUUAUAUUUUCAUUAUUGGUAUUCCGUUGUAUGUGGAGAGAACGUAAAAGGAUUGAACCAGCUUCUAUCGUCGAAUCUGGAUCAAGUAAAACCGAGGAAGCUAUAGUUUCCAAGGUGGACACCCCUGUGAUUGAAGACGGUUCCGCCAUUAUUCCGCCCUCUGCGAAGUCAACACCAGUACCCCAUUACACUGUCAAACAGUAGAACGUGGUGACACCAUAACUGAUACUGUAAAUUAACCAAAUUCCGGGAACUGUAUAUCGGGACGUCCCCUAUACUCCAGGGAUCACGGUCAUUUUCGCUCUCUGCACCCCUGAUAUAUGUCAUAGCAAAAAUGAAGGCAGGCAGCUAGCUAUUUGAUUGA